UGAAAGUCAAAAGUCAAAAAGAAAAAUAACGCAGAGUCGGAAAUUUCCUGGACGGUUCCUAAUCUUCUUUCAGAGGGCGUGAAGAAAGGAAAUUAUGCGAAUUUCUUUUGAAGAGAAGACUUCCUGCCCUCUUUGGCUGAUCGGUUUUGAAACUACGCGUAAUUCCUCACAGCAGAGAAGACUUCCUGCUUUCUUGGCUGAUCGGUUUAGAGCUCAUUUUUCAGAGUUCUGCAACUCUUUCAAAGCUCCAAAGAGGUUCUUUGAAUGGAUCUUCUUCUUCUGUUAGAUGGAAAUAUGAUGUAUUUCUAAACUUUCAAGGUGAAGACACUGGCAAAAGAUUCACAGAUCAUCUAUUUGCUGCUAUGGAUCGGAAAGGAUUUAAAGUAUUUAAGGGCGACAAAGAACUUGAAAGGGAAACUCCCAUUUCAAUGGAACUCGUCAAAACAAUUCAAGAGUCAAGAAUUUCAAUUGUUGUUUUCUCAAGACGCUAUGCUUCAUGUACUUGGUGCUUGAAUGAACUAGCUGAGAUUGUCGAAUGCAUGAAAACAAGGCGACAAAUAGUCAUUCCGAUUUUCUAUGAUGUUAAGCCAAGUGUGCCAAGACAUCAGAACGGAGUCUUUGAAGAAGCAUUUGCUAAACAUGAAGAAAUUUUUAAGGAGAAUUUACAGUAUGUGCAAAUGUGGAGGAACGCUUUACAAGAGGUGGCCAAUCUAAAAGGAUUCGAUUUGAACGAUAGGCAUGAAAGUGAGUUUAUCAGAGCAAUUGUGGAAGAAGUGUCAAGUAAAUUAGGGGUUUCGACUUCAACAUUUGUGAAUCUGAAGAAACUACUUGUUUCAUGUUUAGAGCAACUGCAGGCACAAGCACAGACACUAAGAAUUCAGUGGGGCCGAUCCGUAAUUUCAUCAUCACCCUUUUUUUUUUUUAAAUUUUUUCUCAUCUUUGACAUAAAUGUAACAACCUUUUUGACUUUCAAGGCUGUCCAUCAAUCAUUGAUGUAUGGGAAUCUAAAAUAUUUUAUUUUAUUAAAGAGGUCUAGGCCACUUGCCAAACCAGUGAUAUUCUUCAAAACCAAAAGAAAAUGA